CGUAUCGUAUGGAUGGAGAGGUGAAGAUCCACAGCUCAACAGCUGCACGUGCUAAACUACUCAAACUGCGUCAAAACAUUAUUCAACUUGAGGUCCAGCGAGCUCUGAGCUCUGACUUUUCUAUGAGGUUCGAGUCAUUUCAAAGCAUCAAUGGCUGACAAUGCGGAAGAGCUGGUCAACAAUGUGUCAACCAAUGGAGCAGAAGUCAACCAGCACACUGAUACAGGGAACCCCACAGGGGCUGCCAGAGGAGAGACUGAGCUCAAUGGCCAGCCUCCCUCUGCUCGGCCCCCACAGGUGGUCACCGACAGCGAGGAAGAGGAGGAUGAGGAACUGACUCUAAAAUAUGGAGCCAAACACGUCAUAAUGCUCUUCGUCCCGGUUACCCUGUGCAUGGUGGUGGUCGUGGCAACUAUUAAGUCAGUCAGCUUCUACACGCAGAAGGAUGGCCAGCAGCUGAUCUACACUCCUUUCCGUGAGGACACUGAUACAGUGGGUCAACGUGCUCUCAACUCCAUCCUUAAUGCAACCAUCAUGAUCAGUGUGAUAGUAGUGAUGACACUGGUCUUGGUGCUACUCUACAAGUACCGGUGCUAUAAGGUGAUUCAUGCCUGGUUGUUCCUUUCCUCGCUGCUCCUGCUCUUCUUUUUCUCCUUCAUUUAUCUUGGCGAGGUCUUCAAAACGUACAACGUGGCCAUGGACUACUUCACACUGGCAGUAAUCAUCUGGAACUUUGGGGUGGUAGGAAUGAUCUGUAUUCAUUGGAAGGGUCCACUGCGCCUGCAGCAGGCUUACCUUAUUAUGAUCAGCGCUCUCAUGGCCCUGGUAUUCAUCAAGUACCUGCCGGAGUGGACCGCCUGGCUCAUCCUGGCUGUCAUCUCCGUUUAUGACCUGCUGGCUGUGUUGUGCCCUAAAGGACCUCUUCGCAUUCUGGUUGAAACAGCUCAAGAGAGGAAUGAACCCAUGUUCCCAGGCCUUAUCUAUUCUUCGACUAUGGUGUGGCUGGUUGGUAUGGCAGACAAUGUGGAGACCAGGAAUAACUCUUCCUCGCCUGCCCCUCAACAAGAGAGCCAUAGUCUCUUGCUGUAUCCUGUAGUUGCCAUGGCCCCAACAGCCCACCCAGAAGAAGAUGGAGGUUUCACAGCUGAGUGGGUAGGCCAACAAGAGCAGCAGCUGGGCCAAAUGCAGUCUACUGAGGAGAGCAGGCGUGAGAUCCAGCAGUUGCCCUCUGCACGUCCACCAGCUGUAGAUGAUGAUGAAGAGAGGGGUGUGAAACUGGGUCUUGGAGACUUUAUCUUCUACAGUAUGCUGGUGGGAAAGGCCUCAGCCACAGCCAGUGGUGACUGGAACACAACACUGGCCUGCUUUGUGGCCAUUCUUAUUGGCUUGUGUCUAACCCUCCUGCUCUUAGCCAUCUUUAAGAAGGCCCUUCCAGCUCUGCCCAUCUCCAUUACCUUCGGCCUAAUCUUCUACUUUGCCACAGAUAAUCUUGUGCGCCCAUUUAUGGACCAGCUAGCAAAUCACCAAUUCUACAUAUAGCAGUAGGCAAUGUUCUUUAACCUAUGCUCCACGCUCUGGCUGCACCACUGAGGACCCUGACUCUCAGGAGGCAGUGGCACAGCAGCACUCCCCUGGUUCCGUGCUGGAUGCGUGGCUGGACUGUUUUUAUUUUUAUUGUUCUGUUUGGAGUGGAGGCCUCCUGCUAUGAGUGUGAUUUCACUGAAAGAUCUUUGUAAUUGGAUUGCCCUUCCAAUGUUCCAACAGAUGAACACUGGCAUUUGUCCUAUGUAGGAAUUGUUUGAGGUGAAAAUCAUGAAAAGUGGGGAAUUUUAACAACUCGGCAAACCUCGAUUCAUCACCAAAAUGUCACAUUUACUGUUUAAGGCUUUUAACCUGUGUCAGUGAACUGUUUUAUAACUGGAUGAGGGAAAACCUGCAUUACUUAUUUCUGUCUGAUGAACUCUCCUGCACUGAAUGUGGAUCUACGCUAGGCAUUCUGAAACCUCCCGAUUAAAUAUACAAUGCAUUAAAUCAGCGACGUGUUAUUUGUGACUGACUUUGACUAAAUGGUUGGUACUAAAUAAGGUGGUAUUUGUAUUUUGAAAAAAGAAAAAAAAUAUAUAUGUAUACAUAUGCUGUUUUAUGGAGAGAAAAAAAAUGUAAAGGAACAGGAAAAACCCUACUCUUAAUGCAAGUGAAUGGAACCAAACAAACCCAAAUAAUUUCGGGCUGUUUCUUUUGGUCCAUUUGUCAAAAUUUACACACAAUCUAAAGGGCAAUGCCGAAGAACUGGAGAUACAUUUUCUUGUGACGGCAUAUCUGCCUAUGUGGUGAGGCACUGCUUAUUGCUUCAUUGUACAUUAAAAUUUAAAGGACUGAUGAUGGAAGCUACUGUUUCUCUUUUAAAGAAAGCCGGAGUUCAUCAUUUUGAAAUGUGUCCUGCAUAAUGUUUUCCAGUUUUUGAUGCCACUUCACCAAAGUUUGUGUGGGAGAUUACAUGUCAUGCUGUGACUUUUUUUUUUCUUCUGUUUGUUAGCAUUAUAUUCUGUGAUUGUCUUUUCCUUUUGUAGUUAAUACCUCUCGAGGUUUGUUCAUUUCAACAUGUCUUUUCUUUUUUCUACGAAAAAGCAGAACAGUAUCUUGAUUGUUUUUGUAAUUGGUUUGUAACCAACUUGAAAGAUUCUUGAAUAAAGGGGAAGCUCAUUUGAGCAAACUUCUC